CCAAAUGACACAAACAUCGUACUAGGUCUUUGCUUGCUCUCUCUCCACUUUAGGAAUUACAGUAAAUCCAACAGCUCCCACAUUGUUAAAACUUUUUGUUGGAUGACAGAGACAUCUUAACGUUGCUUUAUUCGUGUGUUGCCAACCAACUACUUCAAAUUUAUUAGGAAAAUCUUCCCAAAUCUCAUACAUAAGGCAGCCAGAUCUGCUCUUACCUUUUAAUUCCACAAAUAGGUAACAAUCUUUCCUGCAAUAUUUGCCCACUAACGCUUUCAUUUUCGUUUCUUGUAACUGAUUCUGAAGCAGAAUUGCCAUUUUUUCUUUUUCUUUGCUUUCUUAGUUUUAGACUCGAAGAUGCAUUUAGAUGUUUGAUUUUUUAGCCGCUUAUCUUGAUGGUUUGUCUUAAUCUAGUUGAUCUUUUAUUCUGCUGUUUGAUUUUAGGACUUAAUGUAGUUGUCUAAGCAAUGUUGUUAGGCAUUUUAUUUCAAUUUCAUGGCAGACUUGAAAAAUAUGCACUGAUUAUGGUGGGUUUUAGACAUUUCUGCUGGUGGGUUUGCUUUUAAAUUGGUUGAUUCUUGAUUAUGCUGAUGCGCUUUUGGUUUUUAUUCCUUGUUAGGUUCAUAGGCUGUAGGAAUGUUGAUGGAUCUGCAUCAAUUUGUAUGAUAAACAGAAAUCAGAUAAAAAGUUUCAAUAUAGAUUACGUGAGGGUACUUUAUAUGGGGUAAUUUGAAACAUAUAAAAAAAAAUCAAUAGUUUCUUUUUGUGUUUAUAUGUGUGUGUAUGUACGUAUAUAUAUAUAUACAUAGUUGUGAAUCUUGGAUCACUUUUUCUCUUCUGACUUGUUUUAAUAAUCAUUGAUUUAGCUGCAACCACAGCCAUCUCACCAGGCUACAAACUCUAAAAAACAUUAAAUGAUACUUAAAUAUAGUACAAACUUGUAGCAUCUGUUGGGAGUUAAGGCACAAGAGUCUGUAGCAUGUGAUUUAUAUGGUGCCUAUUUGAAUUUGGUUUUGCAGUUCUCAGAAAGUUAUGUGGCUUCCACUGGGUGGCUUUCAUGAAUUGUUUCAGUAAAAUGUGGUUCAGGUACUGCUACUGGAUUCUGCCAGAGCAACGUGUGCUAAAUUGUUCUCGAACUUAAUUAGGUGUUUAAAAAGUAGUUUGGAACCAACUUGCUUCUUGGUUUGUUGUGGUUCAAAUUUUCUCUUGAUAAUGUUUAACAUGAUUAAUUAGUUUAUUCUAGAUAAACAUAGGAAACCAUAUUCUAGAUUUUUGAAAAAUGUUAAAAUGUAUUUCCAUGAUUCCAUCCAAUUUCUUGUUGGAGAAUAUUUUGAAGCUUAGGGACAUUGCAUGUUCCAGUUGAUGCUUGCUUUGCAUUGAUAAAUGCAUCUUAUUGAGCAGGUCUUUAGAUUGUAUGUUUUAUUACAUAUGAAAUAAUUUGACAUCUAGCUGCUUUGCGUUCACUGGUUUUACUUGUGAUGCAGCUUAGCAUUUCCAAGUAUCAAGAAGAAAAAGAACUGUGGAUGCUCUGAUGGCCUCUGAGAGGGAAGAUUUUGGUCUUUCAGGGCCAUUACACCUAAAUAGUAUAGAUUGGACAAAUGCACAUCAUCGAAGGUCUGUAACAGCCAGUUUGGUCGAGGGUGUCUAUGUUAUGGAGCGAGACCGCCAGGAAAAACGUCAAGGUUCUCAAGGUCUUGCUCCACCUUGGUGGGAGUUCUUCCAUUUUAAGUUGAUUCGUAAGCUUGUUGAUGAUGCUGAUUUUUGCAUCUUUGGUGCAAUUUAUGAGUAUAAGCCUCCAUCAUCUCAUUGUAAUGACUCAACUGAUCCAAGGCCCCACUAUGUGAUUGCCUUCCGAGGUACCAUAACUAAGCCAGACUCCUUCUCAAGAGACUUUGAGUUGGAUAUCCACAUAAUACGAAAUGGACUCCACCAGACGUCUCGAUUUGAGAUUGCCAUGCAAGCCAUUCGAAACAUGGUUGCUGCCGUGGGUGAUUCAAAUGUCUGGUUAGCUGGCCAUUCUCUUGGGGCAGCAAUGGCAGUGCUGGCUGGAAAGACUAUGGCUAAGACAGGCACUUUUGUGGAAGCUUUCCUCUUCAACCCACCGUUCUUAUCUGCACCAAUUGAGAGAAUCAAAGAUAAGAAAGUAAAACAUGGACUUCGAAUUGCAGGCAGUGUCAUCACAGCAGGACUUGCUCUUGCCACAAAGGGUAACAGUCUAAGGAGUCGGUCGGAAGAUCCAUUUUCUGUUUUCUCUGCAUGGACCCCAUGUCUAUUUGUGAAUCCUGCAGACCACAUAUGCUCUGAAUAUGUUGGUUAUUUUGAGCAUAGGAAAAAGAUGGAAGAGAUUGGAGCUGGGGCUAUUGAGAGGUUAGCAACCCAGCAUUCUUUAGGAGGUCUAUUUAUGAGUGUUGUGGGAAGGGGUGCAGAGGCUCCAGAACCUCUGCAUCUGCUUCCUUCAGCAAAUUUGACAGUGAAUCUAACUCCUUCACAAGAUUUCAAGCAAGCCCAUGGGAUUCACCAGUGGUGGAGACCUGACUUGCAGUUGAAGUGCAAUCUUUACAAGUACAAAUAGUUUGUGUUUAUCCAGAUUUAUCUUGUACAUGUUAUGUACCAUUAGAGGAAUCCUAUAGUGGUUCCAGAUGCCGUGGAUCAAGGAAAACAGAGAAACAUGUGUUGUUUUCCAUGUGAUCUCAAACUGAUGGAUUCCAGCUAAUUAUCUUGUCAAUAUAUCAUCUUUAAACACCUUUGGCUUUGUU